AUGUACAGAUCCACACGUCCUUGGAAAGCGCUGAAGGUCGCUGGCCUUGGAGAAAAGGUGCUUCGGCAGAAAUGUCGUCUUAUUAAAGACCCCACAUCGGAUGAAAUGCAAGACUUCGCCAUGAACGCAAUGUUCACUUGUAUCCGAAAUAACGCAUUCGGUGUGUCGGCUCCCCAGCUCUAUCGACCUAUCCGCAUGUUUGUGAUUCGAGACUAUUCCACUGUUCCUGAUCCAUCACAACUGUCAGCAGAACAGCACAUGUCAUUGCCCUUGAUGCCUUAUUUCAAUCCACGAAUCGAGAGCCGUUCCCGCAAGCUCAUGGGGGAAUUUGAGUCCUGUCUCAGCGAUCCCUGGAAUGUCGCUUUCGUGGCCAGACCCCACACAAUCGGAAUCAGUUACAUCGAUGGCUUCGGCAAAUACCAAGAGAAGGAGAUCUCUGGAUGGGAAGCUCAAGUCUUCCAGCACGAAUAUGACCAUUUGGAGGGCAAAACGAUGGCCGAUAUGUGCACCCAGAAGGGAUUAUACAUGUCCAAGGAGCGAUACAAGCGAUGUGAGGCGUAUUGGAAGAAGGUGGAGAACCUGCCCGAUUUCGAGGCAUUGGCGAAAGCGUCCCAACUCCUCAGCAAUGGAGGGUAUUGGGGUCCGGAAGCCGAGGAUUCGAUCGAGCCGGAAGAUCUGAACAUCGAUGCGUUGAAGUCGCAAAUGAGGAUGUUUCUUCAGUUCUAUGAUAAGGAUGUGGAUCCAGAGAAGCUGACCAAGGAAGAUCUAAAGAAUCUUGCAGAGAGAAUUGUUUAUAAGUUGCAAAAUCCUACGGAUAACGUUUCUUCAGAAUCGAUCGAGGGAAAAUUGUAG